CGAGCGCGCGAGCACCUUGGCGUGAGCAGGGGGGCGGAGGGCGGGCGCGGGGGGCGCGGGCAGGGCGGGAGGUGCGAGCGCUCGGCGCUCUCGGGCCAGCCACCGCCGCGCGAGCGCGACGCGCCCCAGCCCGGCAAGCUGGCGCACCCGCUGGCCACCCAGCACAGCCCGCUGCCCCCUCUCCUGCAGCCCAUCUGGCGGAGCGGCGGCGGCGGCGGCGGCGGCCGGAGGAUGGCCUCGGAGCUGGCCAUGAGCAACUCCGACCUGCCCACCAGUCCCCUGGCCAUGGAAUAUGUUAAUGACUUCGAUCUGAUGAAGUUCGAAGUGAAAAAGGAGCCGGUGGAGACGGACCGCAUCAUCAGCCAGUGCGGCCGUCUCAUCGCGGGCGGCUCGCUGUCGUCCACCCCCAUGAGCACGCCGUGCAGCUCGGUGCCCCCGUCGCCCAGCUUCUCGGCGCCCAGCCCGGGCUCGGGCAGCGAGCAGAAGGCGCACCUGGAGGACUACUACUGGAUGACCGGCUACCCGCAGCAGCUCAACCCCGAGGCGCUGGGCUUCAGCCCCGAGGACGCGGUCGAGGCGCUCAUCAGCAGCAGCCACCCGCUGCAGGGCGGCUUCGAUGGCUACGCGCGCGGCGCCCAGCAGCUGGCCCAGGCGGCCGGGGCGGGCGCGGGCGCCGCGCUGGGCGGCGGCGGCGCCGAGGAGAUGGGCCCCGCCGCCGCCGUGGUGUCCGCCGUGAUCGCCGCGGCCGCCGCGCAGGGCGGCGCGGGCCCGCACUACCACCACCACCACCACCACCACGCGGCCGCCCACCACCACCACCCGACGGCCGGCGCGCCCGGCGGCGGCGGCGGCGGCGGCGGCGGCGCGCCCGGCCCGGCCGGCGGCGGCGGCGGCGGCGGCGGCGCGGGCGGCGGCGCGGGCGGCGCGGGCGGCGGCGGCGGCGGCGGCGGCGGCGGCGGCGGCGGCGGCGGUGGCGGCCCGGCCGGCGCGGGCGGCGGCGGCGGCGGCGGCAGCGGCGGCGGCGGGGGCGCGGCGGGGGCGGGGGGCGCCCUGCACCCGGUGCACCACCACGCCGCGGCCGGCCUGCACUUCGACGACCGCUUCUCGGACGAGCAGCUGGUGACCAUGUCGGUGCGCGAGCUGAACCGGCAGCUGCGCGGGGUCAGCAAGGAGGAGGUGAUCCGGCUGAAGCAGAAGAGGCGGACCCUGAAAAACCGCGGCUAUGCCCAGUCCUGCCGCUUCAAGCGCGUGCAGCAGAGACACGUCCUGGAGUCGGAGAAGAACCAGCUGCUGCAGCAGGUCGACCACCUCAAGCAGGAGAUCUCCCGGCUGGUGCGCGAGCGGGACGCCUACAAGGAGAAGUACGAGAAGCUGGUGAGCAGCGGCUUCCGAGAAAACGGCUCGAGCAGCGACAACCCGUCCUCGCCCGAGUUUUUCAUGUACCCAAGGGAAUCUUCUACAUCAGUGAUGUGAAAAAAAUCCUGUUACCUGAAGUCAAAGAGAAAGUACCACGCCGGCAUGCUCAUCGCCUGAGACAGCUCGGCCCAGACAGCCACAAAGCACAAAACAAAAAACUCAGAGAAGACCCAAGAACGGUGUUUUCCUGGCGUCUACAAGAAGCGCUUCAUCCCCCC